GGGCACAGGGAGCUGUUUAUCCCCCCUUGAGGUCAGUAGAGCCACUGUGGGGGCUGGGGCUGUGACGUUACACCACUGCGGGGGGUGGGGAGGAGCCACAUCCUGCACUUUGACAUCACACUAGAACUCGGGGCCACAUCCUGCACUCUGACAUCGCAGUGACACUGGGGUUUGGGGGCCACAGCCUGCAUUUCGAUAUCAGUGGUGCUGGGGGCUGAGGAGCCAAUCCUGCACUGGGCACCUGCUCCAGUCCCCAGCAGGAGAGGGGACUAGGAUGACCUGCUUGGCACAGAGGAGGCAGAGCCACCCACAGCUCCCUCGCCCUCAGGCUACCAUGGAACAAUGUAGCACAGAGAGCAGCACUGCAGGCACACAGCCCCCCAGCCAGGGGCAGCGCUGGAGCAGGGGACACCCCAGCAGUCCCCAGGCCCAGCAGGCUGGGGACAAGGGCACAGUAGGACGUCCUGGGGCUGUGCAGGGCACCCGGGGCGCUGGUGCAAAGCCUGGCAGGUUGGACAAUGCCAUGUCAGGGGCCCCAGGCUCAGCCAGGCAGAGGCAGGCGGGGCAGCGCCCUCUCCCUCACUCUGCCCCACCCCGUGCUGGGGACACGGGGCCAGUGAGCUCAGACGGGGCUGUGCUCACACGGCUGGCAUCAGCCACCACCACCAGCCACCAGGAUGGCCACCAGUGCUGGCUUGAUCUUGAGCUCCUCAAGAAGGCCAAGCUGCAUGUGGAGACAGCCAUUAAGGAGAAGAAGAUCUUCAUGGUGCAGGGCCCCUACCCCACCAUCCGCAAGCUGCUGCGGGCCCGGGGCUGGGUGGAGAGGAAGCCCCCCAGCGUGGGCAGACAGCUGGAGCAGCAUCGUGGCAACCAACAGAAACAGCAGCUGGAGAGAGAGGCAAGGGAGGAUGGCGAGGAGCAGGGGGAGGCAGUGCUGAACCCACGUGGUGGGGCACAGCCUGCCCUGGAGAUCACAGAGCUGCUGCACUCCCCAUGGCCACCCACUGAGGAGGAGGAGGAGGAGGAAGAGCAGUGCGAAGAGGACCCCAGUGGCAUCCAUGACCUUAUGUCCUACCUGGUGCGGCACCGACUGCCAAACUUCGUCUGGGCCAGCUACCUCAGUGCUGUUGACCCUCAGCUGCUGGAGCAGGACCAUGUGGUGAACCACUAUGCCCGAGUGGGUGCCUUCACCACCAAGGAGGGGCUGUGCCUCAGCCUGCAAAACCUGCCCUGGAUCGAGCAAGCAGACCCCAACACCUUCUUCCCACGGUGCUAUCGGCUGGGGACCACAGAUGAGCGGGAAGCCUUCAUCGACGAUUUCCGCCUGACAGCAGCUCGCAGUCUGCUCAAACUGGCCCUGGAAGAGGCUGGGGACAGGCUGAUGGGGACUGAGCAGCCCCCGAGCUCUGACAAGGGGCCAGGGACAGGAUCUCCCCUGUACCCCCAGCUGGUGGAGGAGGCCCUGGAAGUCUGCGAGCAGCACCUGGGUGUUCUGGGGCACCAGGACAUUGACAGGGGCACCCCCUUCCCCUGCAGGACAUGCAUUGACUGGGACCGCUUCCUGCAGGAUUACUACUGUGUGGCACAUAAGGGGGCCGGGCUGGUGCUGAGUGGGGCACAGCGGGAGCGGUGCCAGGACCUGCUGCGGCGCCUGGCGGAGCAGCUGCCGCAGUUCAGCAUGGAGGGCAAGCUCAACGUCUGGAUCCUCAAGCCUGGUGCUGAAUCCCAAGGCAGGGGCAUUGUCUGUGCGACGCGGCUGGAGGAGGUGCUGCGGUUGGCACGGGGCUGCACAGCCCCCUCGGUGCAGGAGGGCAAGUGGGUGGUGCAGAAGUACCUGGAGCGGCUGCUGACCAUCUUCGGCACCAAAUUUGACAUCCGUCAGUGGUUUGUGGUGACUGACUGGAAGCCGCUGACCGUCUGGUUCUAUGGAGACUGCUACCUGCGCUUCUGCUCCCGACCCUUCUCCCUGCACUGCCUGGAGCGUGCCAGGCACCUCUGCAAUGUCUCCGUCCAGAAGUGGUACAAGACAUCACCAGACCAGGACCCCCGUGUGCCCUCUGACAGGGUCUGGUCCAGCAAGCAGUUCCAGGCAUACCUGGCGUGGCUGGGGCAGGCAGAUGCUUGGCAUCAGGUGAUAGUGCCUGGCAUGAAGGCGGCAAUCCUGAGCGCCCUACGUAGCGCCCAGGACCAGGUGGGCUUCCGCAAGAGCAGCUUUGAGCUCUAUGGGGCCGACUUUCUCGUGGGGGAGGACUGCCAGCCCUGGCUGCUGGAGAUCAACUCCUGCCCCACCAUGAGCCCCUCCUCAGCUGUGACCCGACGACUCUGCGCCAAUGUCCAGCGGGACACGCUGCGCCUCGUGCUCGACCGCAAGGACAACCCCACCUGCUCCAUUGGAGCCUUUGAGCUCAUCUACAAGGAGGCAGCUAUGCCCAGGCCUCUGUCCGGGCGCGUGAAGCUGAUGGUCAAAGGCUGUUCCCUGAAGAAGUGCUGGUCCGCACAGCAUCGAGCCCAAGUCAAGCCCCCUGCCACUGUGCCCAGUGCCACCCAGCACCCUGUGCCCCCAAGGGUCAGAGACACCCAGGUGCCCCAGCGAGCACAGCAUCAACCCCCCACCACUGUGCCCAGUGCCCCCAGGCUCCCCGUGUCCCCAGGGGCCAGAGACACUCGUGUACCCAAGCCAGCACAGCAUCAGCCUCCCACCACUAUGGCCAGUGCCCCCAGGCUCCCCAUAUCCCCAGGGGCCAGAGACACUUGUGUACCCAAGCGAGCACAGCAUCAGCCUCCCACCACUAUGGCCAGUGCCCCCAGGCUCCCUGUGUCCCCAGGGGCCAGAGACACUCGUGUACCCAAGCGAGCACAGCAUCGAUGCCCCACUGCUAUGGCCAGUGCCCCCAAACUCCCUGUGCCCCCAAGGGCCAGAGACACCCGGAUGCCACAGCAAGCACGUCAUCGACCCCCCACCACUGUGCUCAGUGCCCCCAAGCUCCCUAUGCCCCCAGGAGCCAGAGACACCCAGGUGCCCAAGCCCAGAGCAGCAACAGGGAAGCUGCCUCCUCCAUGGCAAUGGUGCUGCCCCAGCUCUGGCCCCUCAGCACUGCCACAGCCCUGGAGCCGCUCUGCUGGGAGCCAGGGGCUGUCAUGGCUCUGUCACCCACACAGGCAGCCCCAGGCUGCUCAGCCCCUGAUCAAUGUCUGUCCCCUGGAUAGGGUGCCCAUGCCGCUGCCCUGGGGAGCCCCCAGCAACCCCUGGCUAGCCCUGGGCUGUGUCCCCUCCUUCCCUCCUGCCAGGCCACCGCACCUACCUCUGCCUGCACAGAUCAUUGACACCCCCAGCCCAGAGCAGAAGCAUAUGGCAGUUCCCAGUGGGACACAGAAGUGUGUCCUGGGAUACUGAGACAUUCCCAGGAGGGGACAGCACCCUGCCCAUCCUUGCUAGGCUGGCAUGGCAGCACUUGGCUCCCUCCCAUUGCAGUGCACCCCUACUGCUGUGUCAUGGUCCUCACUUCAUCCCUCAUAUGCACUUCAAAAUAC